UCGCAACCGCGUACAUAGACAUGGGAUUACACAGGCACCCGAAGCAUGCGAUGGAAUUCUUUGAGUGGGCACCAGGUGCCAGAUUUGUGUCGUUGGUUGGUGAUUUCAAUGGAUGGAAGCAUCGAGCGUCCAGAGGAGAGAAGGACCACUACGGCUAUUGGCGUGUACUUGUUGAAGACAAGCUUCGGGAGGGGCAGGAGCCGGAUGGAAUAUUCCAGGAGUACGAUUACAUGAAGGAAAUAGGGCCUGGAGACAUUCGAGAGCAGCAAGGGGUGAAGCCGGAGCGACGGAUCUUCGAUAAAGACUGGUCAAAAUAUGACCGAGUUCUGGGUCGAGACUUUUACGACCUGAGAGGCUGUUUCGACGAAUUCGGAGAGAUAGGAAAGAUCGAUUUUCCAAUAAAACCCUAUCCAUGGGGUGCAGAGGAUGGAGAGGGUUCUGCUGAAGAUAAAGGGGGGGAGAAGGCAUUCGACUUUGAGAGCGCUGCGGAGGAGUAUUUGCGCGAGACAGGCUAUGCCAAGGAGAUGGACACGGAAGACGACGACGACGAUGAAGAUUAUGGGGGUUUGUUCGAAAAGGUGAAAGCAGACGCAAUGGAGGGUGAGGAUGACGACGGUUCAGAUGAGCAAGAGAUAAACAGAGCUUAUGAUGAGCUGGAUGCGAUCGAUGACGAGGAUCUAGAAGAGGCGGAAGAAGGCGAUUUUGCGGAGGACAAAGACGCGGGUUCGGGAAACACGGCACGUGGGUACGACAGUUUCAAAGUUGGAAUUGAAAAAACCUCGAAGAGUGGUAGGAGUACGAUAGGAGAUUGGGCUGCCUCCGGCAGCGAUGCGCGGAGUGGUGUGCAGAGUGGGCAGCUCUCCGAAGAGGGAGAAGACGCGGACGAGCUAGAGGACUUCUUUGAGGACGAUGCGGGUGAUGCGGAAGACGAGGAGUAUGACGACGAUUUCCCGCCGAAGUCGGUUGCCGCCGCCGACGAUUUCUCGCCGGAAAACGCUGCCAGCGCGGAAACUUAUGAUUCUCAAGCACAAGCCAAGGCCAACGAGAACACAUAUGGUGAAACGGCGUCGGCAGAGAAAACGGAGUCAAAAAUUGAGGAUUCCGACGAUGACGAGGAUGCACCAGACUAUGGCCCAGAGAUAACUGAAGACGAGCUGAACUGGCUCUUUAGUGACAAGACGGAGAAGCAAUAUCCUUACUGGGAAGAUUGGGUGAAAGGAAGAGCAAGCUGGGAGAAGAAGUACAUUCCCGGGAUUCCGCAUAUGAGCCGAGUACGUGUCUACAUACGUGAUGACUAUAAAGCCAUCGAACGGGUCCCUGCUUGGGCUACCUACAUUCUCCCAGAUCCGGACGACCCUUCGAGAUAUAGUGCGGUCGUGUAUGACCCCCCUCCACAGGUAAAACUGCCAAUCCUGAUCCCCUUUCAAGAACUGGCAAAGCUGACCGUACCGUCGUCCCUCGAAUAGAAGGCAAUGGUCAUUAAAUCUG